CUUGUCAAGACAAAAAAACUGCCGCUUAUUUUUAGUUCAUUUAUGAAUGACCCAAGCAUGCAUUUUUGUGCCAAAAAUUGGUCUGAUUUUGCUGGAAAAAUAUCAACAACAAAAAUGAUUUCUCGUGAAAAUGCCGAUAAAAUUAGCUCAUUGAUGGGCACUUAUUUGCUUCAAGGUUAUACCUUAUUAGAUGAUUAUUGUAAUUCAUGCAAGACGCCGUUAAUGCGAAAAACAUUAGAAACACCAUUCUGUAUAUAUUGUGAUCGUAUCAAAAAGAAAUCGGAUAAUGAAGAACGUUCGCCAUUAUCUGAGAAAAAAUCGCGAAUGGAAACUUUGGCAAUGAUAAGUGAUGAUGAACAAUCUGAUGAAAAUAAUCUCACGUCUAAAAUCCGAUUGAAAAUGCAAAAAGUUAUUAUGAAUUUGACCGAAGAGCUUGAAAAUCAAUCAACGAAUCUACAACAAAAUUUGCAUGCAAGUUCAGAAAAAAUGUCAUUAUUGCUUGAAAUGAUUGAUAAAACAAUUGUCGCAAUGAAAAAAUUGUGAAAAAGUUUAUUAUCAAUUUUAAUUUUAAUAAAUUCAAAUUUGCCGUUUGA